UCGUUGCUCAAUCCCGACCACGACGUUCGUUCCCAACUCAUUUCUCGACUGGAGCACGGUGUCGAAACGUAUUGACGAUAGCAUCGGUUGUCGAAGCCCACUGGGGCGUUCUCAGUAUAAUCAGACGGCUUGGCGACCAUUGUUUACUUCUUCAAGUCUACGACUUUAUAUCGGCAACAGGCGACAACUCAGGUCUCGCGACUGUGCUGCAUCUUGCUAUAUUCACCGAUAUAGCCUCCAGCUUUCGUACGAAGGAUCUCGGCAGCAAACGCAAGGAAAAAAACAAGAAACAGACCAAUUCCUCGAAGAGACAUAUUUGGAAUAAUUCAGGAUUCGACUGCUCAACUAUACAGCCCAAUAUUGUCCUUGUUGCUUCAUUUCCCCGAUAACUCUCACCCUCCCUUCGCCAAUGUUAUUCAUCAACGUUGCAGCAGAAGGAAAUAGUGAAAGAGCUACACGUUGAUAUAUUGCCUUUCCGUCCCCGCGUCUUCACGACGUCGGCCGCUUGCUCUGUCGUCCUCUUGUCGGUCUUGAAUCGGGCGCUUAGCGCACAGUUGCCAUGUUACGGCCUGGCACACCGUUGACGGUGCUGCUGUUCGCAGCUUUUGCUUUGCUCCUAUUAGCUGUUAUAUCAACCCCAAUCAUCGAAGCCAUUCCACUGAGCGACUUCAGUGGUGUAACAUAUGGCGUUUUUGGCUACUGUCAACAAGGCAAGGGAUGUAGCGGUAUCGGGGUUGGAUACGACACUGCCAAAUUAGUUGGGGAUGAUAGUCAAGCCUUCGACUUACCAUCUGGCGUUCGGAAUACACUAUCUGCCAUUCUUAUUGUGCAUCCAGUCGCGGCACUUAUUACCCUUGUCAUGACUAUCAUGGCGGCUGUGUCUCACUUGCACGCUCCCUCGCACUCGACAAGAUAUCUGCUCAUUUUAUUUAUCUUCCUUCUCAUUGACUUCUUGGUUUGCUUGCUAGCCUUUUUGAUCGACGUGCUUCUAUUUGUACCACACUUAGCAUGGGGUUCUUAUCUUGUUCUUGCUGCUACUAUCCUCGUUGCCAUGAGUGGGUUGGUAACUUGUGCGAUGCGUCGCACUCUGGUCAGCAGGAAAGAUAGGCAGCGACGUAUCGCUCAGAAUGCUGAAAUGAGCGGCGAGAAUUAUUACAACAGAACUGCUCAAGAUAAGACGACUGUGGAGCCUGAAGUUUCUCGACAACCGACUCUACCCACCGUGAGUGGUGGCAAUGGUGUCCAUGACAAUCUUCCGUCCUUCACAACCUUCGAACAGAAGAGCAGAAGCGACCAAGUUAGCGAAGAAGCCAUCCCUCUUACCCGCCGGACCACAUCAAAUCGAUCUCCAGCACCCCCUAACGAGGUGGCAAGCGUGGGUGAGGUUGCGGCCUUUAGCAGGAACCCACAGAGGCAAGGUUCUCGCGAUCAGUUUGGCAAUCCAAUCGACACUGCUACCGACCCAUAUGCGACGCGGAGAGGACCUUCUCCAAGCAUGAGUAACCGUGGAACAGGAGCCGGAGGAGGCUACCGCGGUGGAAGAGGGGGUUAUAGUCGUGGAGGAUAUGAUAACUACGGAGGACCAGUCCGAGGUCGUGGAGGCUACGGGCCGUCUGGAAGGGCUGGAUAUGGCCCCAGAGGAGGACGAGGAGGCUAUGGACAACCCAACCGAGGAGUCUAUGCUGUAAACGGGAUGAGGGGAGGUCUAAACGCGCCCCCAGGAUACAACAACGGUCCUUACGAUCGGAGACCGUCGCCCGCUCAAAACUUUGCUUACGAUGUUCAGCCGUCAGAGCCAUCUAAUGGAUAUAGCUCGACGAAUCCUUCGAUGCCGAGUGUGAACACUUACACCGCUUACAGCCCAGAGUCCACAUUGCCUCGAGCUGAGUCGCCGCCGCCUUUGCCAGGAACCGAGCCUGCCACUGUUGGGGGUCGCGCAGUAGAAAUGGAUGCAUCUCCGGCAGUUCAGCAUCAUGACGGAGGAACCUACGGACAGCUCCGGGACAGUGACGCGGAUGUUGCAGGUAUGGUUGGACUCCAGCAGGGGCAGAUCCCUCAGCGACAUGAUACGUACAUGAGCGAGGGAAGUAAAUAUAGCACUGACGAGUAUGGUUCCCGCUCAUGAUUUCUCCACGAUGCUGACCAGAUGACCAGGCAAUAUGUUCCGCCGCGCUCAGCGUGGACACAGGGCGAUGGCAGAAAUUCACCCCGAGCCCCGUCACCUCUGGUAACUGGUCAACCAAAAGCUGAACUCACUGAAAGAAGGACGCCUCCUGUUGUCCAACAGCCUGUGGCCACCGGGAAUAGCAACUAUUAUGAAGAUGUUGAUCCCCGUUUCGCCUCCGAUGCACCACCAGCAAGUAACAACCUUCAGCCGCCCCCUAUUGAGCCUAUAUACGAGGAUAUCCAUGCCAAUAAUGCGGGGACUCGAAGCCCUGCUGAGUCCGAGCAUUCAACAUUUACUUCCAUAUCCCAGCGUGGGAUCAACCCGCGUUGGAACCCCAACCCCCCACCGCUACCGUACCAACAAGGACCCCCCCAUCGCCGACCAGCACAUCAACAACAGCAGCGCCAAGACAUGCUAUUAGAUACCCCCGACUUUCAAUUGCCUAGUUCGCGGACUGGCCGAGGCCCUGGAAUGGUACCUGGAAGCGCAUACCCACCUGGCGGUUUCUAGUGAAUCUGCCUAGUGAGCUUCUAUGAUAGUAUCAUGAUCACCAGACUGGGUUAUUUCUAAUAUAUCCUGACCCUUCUCCUGUUGUUCGGGUGUUCAUAUCUCUCAAUUCUUCUCUUUAUUACGGCCAUAUGCCUAAAGACACAGUUGUCCCUCAGACUAAUGUAGUGUCUUAUUGUAGGUUAACGGUAACAACUGUGUUGGUUUACCAUUCUUCAUCCUUUGUGUAUUACAUUCCUUGAAACGUACAUUUUGUUUCUUUUACUUCGAUGCCAUGGAGAUCACGCACAGUUUUGUCCUAUGCCUGACACAUUCUUGUACCCUUAUUAUUGUUGUUUUGUCUUUAGCUAUAGCGCAGGACGCUGUGAUUCCUUACUUGGCAGUUAUCGCAUGACAAGCCACGCCUGAUGUCAACGGAAUCCACAUCGUCUUGAAGAGAGAGCGUGCUGCUAGCAAUGUUGUUGAUUUGAUUGAUUGAUUGAUUGAUGGAAAGAGAGAAGGAAAGGAAACACGACGUGACCAUGAGCCUCUGCAGGUAAAAGUGGUCCCUGAGGGUACAUCGAUUGAGAUGAAUGAGACGAGGGAUUAGAUACAAGUAGACAUCUUCUUUAAGAGGAAGAAUAAUGACGUAUCAAUCGAACUGGGCUCUUUUAUGCAUAAGUACCUAGUGGAUCCUCAUCUGAAGUUGGGCAAUCCUCUUUGUUUGCAUUCGAGAACUGUAUGGC